GCCAGAGUGAAACUAAUGAAGCAAAAUAUUGGAAGGGGCGAAUUUUCUCAGUUCCCCAAUUUGUCACAGACAAGCUGCCAGGAAGACGACGUUUCAACUCAUGUUCAACAUUUAAAUGCCCUUUAUUCAGACUUUGAAUCUAGGUUUAAGGAUAUUUUGACUAUGGUAAUACCACCAUGAAUAAUUAAUCCAAAAUGUUGACAAUUUAUUAUUAAAGCACCAGGUUCUUCUCACUAAAAAUAUUGACUUAUUGCU